AUGAAGACUACCAAAUUACUGGACGGCCACGGAAGUCUUUACAAAGAAGUACGCUUCUCUCCGACCGAAACCCCUAUCCGUCGCACAAAAUCCGUUUCAGCCACAUUCCCUCCUGUUAUAUCAGGCUACGGCCGAACCGCAUUCCAAGACUCGGCGCGGGUGAAUUCGUUCGCCAUGGAUACUUCCUAUAUCGACCAAUCGCAGGCGCUUCUCCAGAGCCAACGGCUGAGUUUUGAGACGGAGAGGGAAUUGUUCGCGCAGGAGCGACGGUUGUGGGAGAAAGAGCGGGCACUAUUGCGAUCGAAAAUUGCCGAGCUGGAGGAGUUAGUGAGGGGUCAAGGGAGCAGAACAAACCAAUUGGGAUCUGAAGCGGCCAAGCUUGUGCUCGCAGGUGGAAUAUCGCAGUAUAACACAAAUCGCUUCGCAGCUCAGGUGUGGGAGGGGACAAGUCCAGGCAGUCGACCAACAAGAGUAUUCUCCGACCAUGAAUCUCCAGACCAAAGCUAUCUAUCGCCGAUCUCUGAAAAUGGAAACCUGCCAUCCCUUGAUCGGGCCCUUUCACCCCAAUCGCGACAAGUAGACCGUUCUGCAGCGCCGAGUCAGCCGGUGCCGAUCGAAAAGCUCGACAGCACGCUGGACGGCAUCACGCUCAAGUCCACGGCGCUGCCACCGGCCGUGGUAGCUCGUGUGAUCACUCCGCCCUCCCCUCUCAAAUUGAAGCUGUCAGAGCUCGGCCCGCCCAAUGAGAACUUGCUUCGCCAUGCAGGUCACACCCCGAUGGCGAUCAUCGACGUUGAUGAUAGUCGACGGUCCACGCAGGAGGGGACUCCCCUCGAGGUUGCCUCCCAGGUUGAGGAGGCUCCAUAUGCGCCCGUGGCGACGAACGUUCAUCAACCUUCCGAAAAUGAGAUCUCCUACUUUCCGGAUGUGCCAGAGGAUCCCGCUCUCCAGGGGCCUCUCGGUCUGAUUAACGAUGAGGAGCACGACUCCAAUUUUUUGAAUCAACUCGAUCAGAAACUCCUUGAUCAAGCGAAAAAUAUUCUGGGUAGCUCGGUUGAAUCGGCUGAUCCUAAUGAGGCUGAUCCUGAGUCUGAGUUCCCUCGCGAAGAGGAAGAACCGGAAAUCAAAUUCAAGAAAUCUACUAAUUUUGGCACUGCAUUUGGAAUAUCGAACUCGAGUCAUGUCUAA